GACUGUCAACGUGAUAGUUGACUUGACUUGUUGACUUCGUUUUUAUUUAUAUUUGGCAGCAAAAAAAUGGCUUUUUCCUUAUUUUGGUUAUAAAAAUAUGUUAAAAACUUGUUUAAAAUGGUUUAUAAUUUAUUUUAUUUCAUUAUUUUAGGCUUAGUUAAUGUCCACAUAACAAUAGGUAAACUACAUUUACAAAUUAUCAAAAAAACCGAUGAAAGACUCUACCCAGUGGUAUCUAAUGUUGAAGAAAACGUAGGCACGACAUUUUCCCUGGUAUGCGAGUUGGUAUCUUCGGCCAACGAGAGCCAAUUUGACGAUCAUUUAUCGUGGAUACGAGACGAGAGAUUUCCAGGCGUUUUGUCUUCAGAUGCUAAUGAUAUUAACGAAAUCAACAAGUCUGAGAAAAAAUUCAAAUCUUUAAAUGUAGACGAUAGAGGAAAAUAUGUUUGUGUUAGCGAGAAGUUUAAUUUGCAUAAGCCAGUGGAGGUGUUUGUUAGGAAUGAUAUAAGGAAGGAGGUGAAAUCUUUUAGGGAGACUAUUUAUUGUAAUGAGCAUAUGUUUCAGUGUAUGUCCAAUGGAAUAUGUAUUAAUCAACAUUAUGUAUGCGACGGUAAGCCAGAUUGUAAAGAUGGCUCAGAUGAAAGUAUAAAAAAAUGUAAUGGAGAUCCAUGUAAAGACAAAGUUCCAUGUGAAGAUGGUAGAUGCAUACCAUCAGCUUGGUGCUGCGACAUACACCAUGACCCUAAUUGCACUGUUACAAAUAGACCUACUUGUUGUCAGGGGCUAUCAGAUUCUUAUGAAGAAAUGGAAUUAGGCUUUCCAACAAUUUCUCAAAGCCACCAUACAGCCAGAUAUUUGUUUAUUCUUGUUUGUGUUGUCAGCAUUUUAUUCUCAGUAAUCUUAUUGCUUUUAAUAAUUUCUAAAGUAGUAAUAUUUGCCAAAAAGGCAGCUCUGCAGCAGCAACAACAACAGCAACCGCGUGUUUGUGAAAACAUUGCACUACGCAAUCAAACUAAUAUUAAUGUAAUUCCUUGCGGUGGAAUUUACACUUACAGGGGAUCCAGAACGCCACGUAAUGGCAAUAUUGUUAGGAAUAUUAUUAUUGAUUCGUCUGAUGUUAAUGAUCCAUUACUUUUUAAUCCUUCCAGAUUUAAUGUGAUAAAUGCAAGUAGUAUCUAUGACCAACCACCUUCAUAUGUUGAUGUUCUUCAAAAUAACAGAUUGGUGGUGGAACCUCCACCGCCAUACAGAAGUCAGGAGGCUUUAAAUCUCACAAAUGAAAAUGAAACAAAUUGAUUUAGUGUGUACCUGGUUUUACAUAUCGAGCCUGAAAAUGAAAAAGACUUACCUAUUGUGAUUUUAAGGCAAUAAUAUCAUAGAAAAUAAGAAACAAUAAUAUAAAUGUAAGAGUUGACAAAUGAGAGGGUUAUUAUUUUCAGUAAGGUUUUGUGGAUUAUACUUGAGAUUACUAGAAAAUGCUGCUAAAACAUAUAGCUAAUAAUAAUAAAUAAAUUAAUGUGGACAUAGAAUAUCAAAAUAUUUAACUAAAGAUUAAAGAUACAUACAUAGAAUGAACACAUAUGUAUGCAAAUUACAUAUUUCAAUAGGUAGCUGAUAUAAGCUCAAACACAUACAAGGACAAAAAACAAAAAUAUUGAUAAAAAAUAAUAAAAUUGGCCUUAAUAUUUGUUUUGCUAAAUUUGAGCUGGAUUUGAACAGUCAUAGGUAGAAUCAGUCAUGUCGCAAACAAUAUUUUUUUUGUGUGUUUGGGGAUGACUUGAAAAGUUUUAUUAAUUCAUUGAACUUUUAAACAAUCUAAUCCACAAACAAGCUAAAUAAAAUUAAUAUUUUUGUUGAAAAAAGAUUUAAAAGGAUUUAGCUAGGGAUCUAGGAUCUUAUCAUAAUACUGUCAAAGUUGUUAGUAGACAAAGUAUGCUCAUAUCACCUCUACUCUUUCCUCUGUUUCAUAUUUCCUUUCAUAAAAAUAAACAUAUUAUUACAAGAGCCACAUAUCUUAAUAUUUUGACCUAAUAAAAAACUAUUUUUUUAUUUAGAAUUUUUGCUUGUUUCCUCCUAGUUUAGUUUGAGUAAGAGUGCCUUAAUUCUGGUAUAACAUUUACAUAUCUAUAGUCUGAGUGUUCUCACAUAUUUUAGGAGUUCUUGGUUUUUAUUUUAUUUAUUUAUUUAUUAACCUUUUUGAAGAUGCAGCUCAAGAACCAAUAAUGAAAUUAUAUUCGAUUAAAUUGUCAGCAAAAAUGUGUGACCAGACUAAUUGUUUCAUCAUACAUCCUUGCUGUAUAUUCUUAUUUUGAAUACAUUAUGUAGUUUUAUUUUAUAUAAUAAGAAUAAUAUGUUAAAUAUUCAUUAUUCUUAAUUUAAUUCAAUUUCUUAACUAUGUAAAAUAUAAUUCAAUGUGUAUAUAAUUAUUAUUUUAGUACUUAUGUUUGAAAUAAACUUAACUUCAUCCAAGUUUAUCGCCAUUAUUUUUAUUUUGCUAUUUCAAGUAGGUAGAUAGUAUAGUUUUAGAAGUUGUUAAAUAAGACAAUAAUUAUUGAUUUUGGCAGGGUUGUUAUUUUUAAUCACCUGUUAGAUUUGUUUUAUAGACUGGCAAUUGGAAUGUAAUAUUAUAAGAAUUAUGUAUUUUAUUAUAGGAAUAUAUAUUCUUGGAUACCUCAUA